AUGGCAGCGCAGUGGGGUAGCAGACUCUUCUGGCUGCUGCUGCUGGUUGCGUCUUGGAGAUGCUCUGACAUCGGCUUUCUGCUGCGUGGGGCAGUCCCGAAUGCACAUCGCAGAGAGCUCUUUCUACUGACGACCUCUGCCACACAGGUUCUGAGACCAGGUGCUGCUUCUGCAGAGGGCUUUGAUCCUUUCGGCGAACAGCAAAAGAAGAAGGCACCGAAAGACUUGAAAAAUCCCCCGCCGGACGUGCAGGUCACAAAGAGUGGCCUCAAGUACAAGAUCUUGAAGCCUGUGGACUGUGAGUCGGUGAAGUGUUCAAAGCCCAACAUUUUUGACAAAGUCUCUGUUGACUUCACAGGUUACGAAUUAGACGGGCGGAUCUUUGACUCAAGCCGAAAACGGGGGCGCCUGACCUUUCCAGUGAGCCAAGUUAUUCGUGGCUGGACCGAAGGAUUGCUGAACAUGAACGUUGGGGAGACGGCGCGGCUCUGGAUCCCCAGCAACCUCGGCUUCGGCUCGGCGGGGAAAGGUGGCCCAGCAGGAGACAUCGUGGUGGAUGUCACUCUCUAUGGACUGAAGCGCGGACAAGCACCGCCGCCCAUCCCAGAAAACCUUGACGCUCCGCCUUCGGAUGCAGAGUUAUUGAAGUCUGGCCUAGCAACGAAGAUCAUCAGGCCUGGCAACGGCAUGGAAACUGCAGCGGAAGCUACAAAGGUGACUGUGGAGUACUAUGGCUGGACCACUGAUGGUCAGCUGUUCGAUGCUUCAACUAUGCGCGGACAAACGGUUGAACUGCAGCAAAAAAACGUACCAAAGGGUGUGUGGGAAGGCAUCCAGCUCAUGAGGGAAGGUGAAACACGAAGGCUUUGGGUUCCACCUUCCCUGGGAUAUGGGAGCCAACGAGACGACGGGGGUCCAUGCGGCAUGCUGAUCUUCGAUGUCUUCUUGCAGUCCUUUGAGAAGGGUGGCUUCUUCAGGUGA